CACCCCAACCUCUCUCAACCCAGCUCUCCAAUUCCAACAAAACGCCUGUAUUUUUUAACUUCGACUCCUGAUUCUCUUAUGUAAAACUAACUUCCCAAUUCUGUUUUUCUCAAAAUAUGAGUUUCCGAGAUAUUGAGGUCGGCAGUGGCCGGCCACGACGACAACAACAGCAGCAGAAAGACCCUUCUCAGGCCGUGGCUUCUGGGAUUUUCCUUGUCAACACUGCCGUGUCUUCCUUCUCUCGCCUCGUUAAUUCCCUCGGAACUCCAAAGGACACCCUCGAACACCGUGACAAGCUGCACAAGAUGAGGUUACACAUUGGGCAUUUGGUGACAGAUACUUCAGCUAAACUUAAGCAGGCUAGCGAAACUGAUCAGCAUUUGGAAGUUAGUGUUUCCAAGAAGAUUGCUGAUGCUAAACUUGCAAAAGAUUUCCAGUCGGUUCUUAGGGAAUUUCAGAAGGCUCAAAAGCUUGCAGCUGAGAGGGAAACAACAUAUUCUCCUUUUGUCCCCAAAGAAGUUCUUCCAUCAAGCUAUGAUGCCCAUGAGCUGGAUAUAAGUUCAUCUAGGUCUCCCGUACGACAACCUCUUCUUCUGAAAUCUGAAAGACAAGAAGUCAUACUGGUGGAUGAGAUUUUACUCAAUGAAGCAAUUAUUGAAGAAAGAGAACAGGGAAUCCAGGAAAUUCAGCAACAGAUACUUGAGGUAAAUGAGAUUUUUAAGGAUCUCGCUGUGCUGGUUCAUGGCCAAGGUGCAAUGAUUGAUGACAUCAGUUCUAACAUUGAAAGCUCUCAUUCUGCUACUACAAUUGCUAAUUCACAACUUCUGAAAGCAUCCAAGACCCAAAAAUCUAGUCAAUCUAUGACCUGUUUGCUCCUGUUGAUCUUUGGAAUCAUUCUGCUCAUUGUCAUCAUAGUCGUAGUAUUCUGAACAGAGAAUCAGUUGUGUUGACUUGAAUGCAAUCUUGAGGCAAGGCUCCUUGUGACUACUGUCUGUCCCCAGUGGUAUUUGUUAGCAAGAGCUCCUACUCAACUUGUGCUGAUCUUAUCUUAAUUACAAAGGUUUUUGGCAUUCUCUCGGUAACACAAACAAGACAAACAAUGUAAAAUCCAACUAUUUGGAGCUCAUAGCCUCAUACCCUCUUUUAAGAGGCUACUUUAUAGAGAAUCAUGCAAAAUUCAUUUGUGAAUGAGAAAAUCUAUCUGUAAGUCUUA